AUGGAGAAGGCAUCGGAACUAACCAAUGGGGAUAAUGUGAACCAAGGAGUUUUUAAAUUAUGCUCUCCAACCUCACCGACUCCCAUACCGCUUUCUCCAGAAGAAUAUCGAAAAUUAAUCUGGAAAAUUGAUCUUCAUGUUUUGCCAGCUUUAUUUACUCUUUGGAUAGUCGCUGUCGUUGAUCGAGGUAAUAUCGGAAGCGCAAACAUCUUCGGCAUUCAGGAGGAUCUUCAAAUGCAAGGGGACGAUUUCAACAUGGCUCUCCUCAUCGUCGUCAUUUGUUUUAUUGUCUUCGACAUUCCGUGCAAUGCAUUACUAAAAGCUAGCACACCACAAAUCGUUAUUACUGGCGAAACCUUCCUUCUAGGAGUCAUAGCUAUUGGAGAGGGACUUGUCACAAAUCUUGCGGGGUUCUAUGCCAUGCGUUUCUUUGUGGGGUUAUUCGAAACAGGACUCAUACCAGGAAGUGUCUUUAUCCUGAGUCAAUAUUAUCCUCGGUAUGAAAUGCAAUGGAGAUUAAGUAUGUUGAUGGUUGGCAAUGCCCUUGGAACCGCAUUUGCUGGACUACUUGCAUUUGCUAUUGCUGGUAUCAAUACUUCCAGUGGGUAUAAUGGCUGGAGAUGGAUCUUCAUCAUCGAAGGGUGUAUUACUGUUGCAGUGGCAGUUGUUGCUUACCCAUUCAUGCCAACUUGGCCGCAUCAGGCAAAAUGGAUGUCCCACGAUGAAAAGGCUUUGCUCGCUGAUGCAAUCAAGCAAGGAGGGGUUGUUGAACCGAAGGGCGAGAAGUUGGACAUACACAGACUCAUUAAGGGUUUAAAAGAUUGGAAGAUAUAUGUAGCUGGCAUAAUUCUCGCAUUUACAUUUAUGACGUCUGCUAGCGUCGGAAUAUUUACACCAACUAUUGUUUCUGGCAUUUCUGCUCAUCAGGAUCCUCGUCACGUACAGGUUCUCUGUAUUCCGGUUUUUGUUGCAGCAGCAGUAUCUUCAUUGAUAGCUUCAUUCUUAUCUGAUCAUUUCAAACAUCGUACAGUAUUCGCUCUUUUUGGAUACGUUAUGAUCAUAGCUGGUGCGGUAGUCUUACUUAAUGAAGAUCGUGUCAAUGCGCAUACUAGAUAUGGAGCGGUGUAUCUUCUGGCUUGUGGAAUCUACAUUGCUGUACCAAUAAUAUGGACAAUUCUACCAAACAACGUUGCUGGAACGUACAAGACGGGAAUCGCGAUAGCAAUUCAGGUCAGCAUUGGGAAUCUGGGGGGUCUAGCGUCAACUCUUUGCUUUGCAAGUACUAAGGCACCAUCUUUUGUGUUGGGAUAUACAACCAUUGUGUGGAUGACUUGUUGUGCUGCGGUUCUCUUGAUUAUCUAUGCAUUCUUUUUGUGGAUGGAGAAUAGGGCUAGAGCAGCUGGUAAAAGGGAUUAUUUGUUGGAGAGAGAGGAUGUCGACGCGCUCGGGGAUAUGCACCCUUCUUUCAGAUAUACUUACUGA